AUGGGAAGCAACGCUGGUGAUCGAGUAAUAGUUUGCAAAGCUGCUGUAGCAUGGGAAGCGGGGAAGCCGUUAGUGCUAGAAGACGUGGAGGUGGCGCCGCCGCAGAAGAUGGAGGUCAGGAUGAAGAUCCUGUACACCUCCCUCUGCCACACCGAUGUUUACUUUUGGGAAGCCAAGGGUCAAAAUCCUAUGUUUCCUCGAAUCCUUGGGCAUGAGGCUGGUGGGAUUGUGGAAAGCGUUGGGGAGGGAGUGACAGAUCUUUCAGUAGGAGACCAUGUCCUUCCAGUGUUCACAGGGGAGUGCAAAGAAUGUGCGCACUGCAAAUCAGAGGAAAGCAACAUGUGUGAACUGCUAAGGAUCAACAGAGAUAGAGGGGUGAUGCUUCAUGAUGGCAAGUCAAGGUUUUCCAUCAAUGGCAAGCCACUUUAUCACUUUCUUGGGACAUCCACUUUUAGUGAGUACACUGUUGUUCAUGCUGGUUGCGUUGCCAAGAUCAACCCCCUUGCUCCUCUAGACAAAGUUUGUCUUCUCAGCUGUGGAUUCUGCACAGGAUUUGGUGCCACCGUGAAUGUUGCCAAGCCAAAGAAGGGCUCAACAGUGGCUAUUUUUGGAUUGGGAGCUGUAGGUUUGUCGGCAGCAGAAGGAGCGAGAAUUUCUGGGGCUUCGAGGAUCAUUGGUGUCGAUAUUAAUCCCAGUAGAUUUGAAAUAGCAAAGAAGUUCGGUGUGACAGAGUUUGUGAACCCCAAAGAUCACAAGAAACCAGUUCGAGAGGUGAUUGCUGAGAUGACCAAUGGGGGAGUUGAUAGAAGUGUCGAAUGCACUGGAAAUGUUGAUGCCAUGAUCUCAGCAUUUGAGUGUGUCCAUGAUGGUUGGGGUGUUGCUGUUCUUGUGGGUGUCCCUCACAAGGAGGCUGUGUUCAAGACACAUCCUAUGAAUUUGUUGAAUGAGAGGACACUGAAGGGGACCUUUUACGGGAACUUCAAGCCUCGCUCGGACCUGCCCCUUGUUGUGGAAAAAUACAUGAACAAGGAACUGGAAUUGGAGAAGUUCAUCACUCAUCAAGUGCCAUUCUCGGAGAUCAACAAGGCCUUCGAUUACAUGCUUAAAGGGGAAAGCCUCCGAUGCGUCAUUCGAAUGACAGAAUAG